AUGAACUCGUAUGGGUCUAAGAUUGCUUCUUCAGAGAGCUCUGGGCCAAGAGUUUCUUCCAACACUUCGACACCUUCCAAGAAGUCUUCUAAAGUCACCACUCAAAGUCACCAUUCCACCAACGCUGGACUUAACAAUCAAUAUUCGAAUGCUUCAGCUCAUAGUAACAUCAACAGCGCUAACAGUAGCCAGUACAGCCCAUCUGCUGGAAGACGAGUCUGGGUGAAACGACCAAAUGGAACUCCGACAACGUUAAAAGUGCACAUCAACGAUAUUGUAGAUGAUCUCAAGCUCAUGGUUAUGAACAAGUUUCCGAACUCUUUGGCUCGUGUUUUCGAUCCAGCUGACUUGGCGUUACAUUUGGAACUGGGAUCCAAACAACCUAACUCAACUCUGAUGGGCAAACGUGUUUUGAACCUUUCUAUGUCGCCUGAUAAUUUAAAGAAUUCACCAACAUCGAUGAAUACUUCGCAUUCAAAAAACACGACUAAUACGGUAACGUUGGAACCAGACCAGAACGUGUUUUCCAUACUUGAUUUAUACUUCCCCAAUGGUAUGGGCAUGUCUGAUUCAUUUGUGAUAGUGGCACCCCAAGUAAGCGGUACGGAGUUCACCACUGUGAUUCCACAAGUGUCACUGGAGUUAAUGGGAGGUAAUAGCAUCAAUGCGUAUGGCAUUCACAGUAACAAUAAUAGUGGCGGAAACAGCGCCAGAGGCAGUUUCAGCACCACUAAUUACUACAGAAACAAUAGUAACACCCAACUUUCUGCCAUGUACAACACUGCUAUGAGUAAUAGCAAUAAUAACCCACAAAACCAACAAAUUCAAGUACAACAGCCAUCACCACCGAUCAUUAGUACUCAUUCACAUCUCCAGGAAAAAGUGUCCACACCUGUACUGAGCUCUUCGGGCCAUUAUCAUGCCCCCAAACCUCAGUACUUGUACCAAGCUACAUCUUUUAGUACUCCUGGCUUGCCCAAAGACCGGUCUGUGUCACCAGCUACUAUUAAUUCACCUGUACAUGCCAGCCAUAGAAGAUCUCAUUCAAAUCCUCCACAGUCUCCCGUCUCUGCGUCUAAUGGAACCAAUUCUCAGGCAGUGCUAUUAUUACCCAAGAACUUUUCCUUGGCUGGUGGUGGAAGUUCGAGUUCUAACAAUUUGAAAAAGAGAUACUCUGUAGACGAGGGAAUGCUUUCCAGAAAGGGGAACAGUCUUAAGGCGAUCCAGACAAACAAUUUAACCAACAUAGGCGUAGGAAUUACGAGUCCCGAUAAUGGUCUGAGCUCAGAUGCGUUUUCGUUGCGCGACAAAGUAGGCAACAACUUGAAACUUAAACAGGAACCCAUAGAAGAGCUUGUAGAGCCUCGAAGCAACGGAAAACACAAUGUACAUAACUCUGACUUGCCACAACGAGAAGCGUUUUCUAUGUCGCCUUCACCUCCUGGCGAGGUGCAAAGGUUGAACUCACCUACUAGAGAUACCCCUAAUAGCAGUACGCAAUCAGAGACGAACAAUGAGGUCCUCAAACCAAAAGAUGCUAAGGACCAUGAAAAGAAUACCAGUACCAAAUCUAAAGCCAAGAAUUUAAAGUCGUCGAAAAGCACAACGGAUAAAGUGUUACCAUCGAUUUCUGUAUUGGUUGUAGAAGAUAAUGCCAUUAACCAGGCUAUUUUAGGAGCAUUUUUAAGAAAGCACAAAAUACAUUAUCAGAUUGCUAAGAAUGGACAAGAGGCAAUCGAUAAAUGGCGUAAGGGAGGAUUCCAUCUUGUUCUAAUGGAUAUUCAGUUACCGGUGAAGUCAGGGAUCGAGGCUACGAAGGAAAUUCGUCAUUUGGAGAAAAUCAACAGAAUUGGGGUCUUUGCUGAAAACGAGCUUGUUACAGAUUUUGAAAAUCCCGAUCAGUUGAAAGAAGCGGAAAAGCUUGACUUGGGGAUUUUCCGAUCCCCGGUGAUUAUCGUAGCUUUGACAGCAUCAUCUAAUUCUUCUGUUGAUAAGAAGAAUGCCUUGAUGGCAGGGUGCAAUGAUUACUUGACAAAACCUGUUAACUUGGUAUGGUUACAAAACAAGAUUACUGAGUGGGGAUGUAUGCAAGCAUUGAUCGAUUUCGAUGGAUGGAACAGUAGGGUGUUGACCAAGUCUGAUAGUGACAAGGAGAAUAACAGGCCCGUAAAGAAGAAUCCUGUGAAGAAAGAGAAAAAGCUUGAGAAAAUCAUGUUGACCACCAAGGCGAAGCCGGUUCUGUUGAAAUAG